CCUGGCAGCCUCCCUGCAAUUCAGCCUGGGCCUUUGUGGACUUUAGCUCUCAGGCAUUGUUUACCCAUCUCGGAGCCCUCCCCUUCCCGCCCCUGCUUCUCUGCCCUGGCCCUGGAGCCCCCUUCCCUCUCCUGGGCCUCAGGAACUCCCCCUGCACCUGUGUGCCCUGCAGGAUGCCACAGCUGAGCAUGCCCUGGCUGGGCCUGGGGCCAGUGGCCACAUCCCCGUGGCUGCCGCUGCUGUUGGUCGGGGUCUCCUGGCUCCUGGCCCGCGUCUUGGCCUGGACUUAUGCCUUCUAUGACAACUGGAGCCGCCUCCGAUGUUUCCCAGAGCCUCCCAAAACAAACUGGCUCUUGGGUCACCUGAGCCUGGUCAUGAACACAGAGGAGGGUUUGAGGGACGUGACUCAGCUGGUGGCCACCUACCCCCAGGGCUUCAAGUUCUGGCGGGGCCCCACCCUCCCCCUCAUCAACAUUUACCACCCCGACAUCAUCCGACCUGUCCUGAAUGCGUCAGCCGCCAUUGUACGGAAGGAUAGUAUCUUCUUCGGCUUCAUGAAACCCUGGCUGGGGGAGGGGCUCCUGCUGAGUGCCGGUGACAAGUGGAGCCGCCACCGUCGCAUGCUGACUCCCGCCUUCCAUUUCAACAUCCUGAAGCCCUAUGUGAAGAUUUUCAACGACAGCGUGAGCAUAAUGCACGCCAAGUGGCAGCACCUGGCCUCGGAGGGCAGUGCCCAUCUGGACAUGUUUGAGCACAUCAGCCUCAUGACCUUGGACAGUCUGCAGAAAGAUGAAGAUGGAAAGCAGUUGUCAGAUGAGAAUAUAAGAGCGGAGGCUGAUACCUUCAUGUUUGCGGGCCAUGACACCACGGCCAGUGGCCUCUCCUGGGUCCUGUACAACCUUGCGAGGCACCCAGAAUACCAGGAGCGCUGCCGGCAGGAGGUGCAAGAGCUGCUGAGGGACCGUGAGCACAAAGAGAUUGAAUGGGACGACCUGGCCCAGCUGCCCUUCCUCACCAUGUGCAUUAAGGAGAGUCUGCGCCUGCACCCUCCAGCCCCAAUGAUCUCCCGACGCUGCACCCAGGACAUUGUGCUCCCAGAUGGCCGGGUCAUCCCCAAAGGUGUGAUCUGUGUCAUCAAUAUUUUCGGGACCCAUCACAACCCAGCUGUGUGGCCGGACCCUGAGGUGUAUGACCCCUCCCGCUUUGACCCAGAAAACGUCAAGGAGAGGUCACCUCUGGCUUUUAUUCCGUUCUCCGCGGGGCCCAGGAACUGCAUCGGGCAGACGUUCGCCAUGACCGAGAUGAAGGUGGGCCUGGCGCUCACGCUGCUGCGCUUCCGCAUCCUGCCCGAUGACACGGAGCCGCGCAGGAAGAUGGACGUGAUCAUGCGCGCAGAGGGCGGCCUCUGGCUGCGGGUGGAGCCGCUGGAGGCGGGCCAGCGGUGACCCCUCUACCCCAUCCACUUACCUUUGCAGAUUCCCGGGAAUAAAACUGUGCUGUCA